UGAUUUAUAGCACUGAACUGAGUGCUUUUGACGUGCAGUCGUUGUUUUUUCCUUGCUCAGCUGUGUUUUUUGUUGGAAACAGGACCUAUCUGACGUUCGUUGAACGAAGCAAAGCCUGUCGAGUGUAGUGGUAUCUCUGUUCCUGACCUCUGGGCGAAAGUCAUGACGAAAGUAGAUGAAGCAGUCGAGGCGGUGUUCUCGCUGUACAAGCGCCAUGGAACAAAGGAUUACAUUGGAGAACCCGUCAGCCAGACGGAACACAUGGUGCAGUGUGCCAUGCUGGCGGAGAGUGAAAACUGGGAGACGCAGUACGUGUUGGCUGCACUGUUCCACGACAUUGGUCAUUUGGUAGCUUACGACAAGGACAACGUGCGGCAGAUGGUUGCCAAGGAAUGUGCUGAUGCUGAGUCAAGCCUGGGUGCCAUGGAACAUGGACAGUUGGGCGGCACUUAUCUGAAAAACCUGGGUUUCCCACAGGUUCUGUGCGAGGCUGUGGCUGGCCAUGUAGAUGCGAAGAGAUAUCUAGUGUUUGCUGACUCCAGCUACCACGACAAACUGUCACCUGCCAGUAAACAAACUCUUGUGUACCAGGGAGGGCCAAUGAAAGCGGACGAGGCAGAGGCGUUUCGGCAGAAGGAGUUCUUUGAUGCCGUGAUCCGACUGCGCUACUUUGACGACCAAGCCAAAGUCCAGGACAUGAAGUGCAAGCCGCUGGAAUACUACGAGGAAAUGUGCAGGCAGUACCUGCUGUCCUGUUAGUGUGUGUACGUGCACUGUGCCGUCAUGACGUAUUGAAUUGUGUGGACAUGUGAAGUAGGAGCUUCUGCCGGAAAGUGAUUACCGUUGAAGCCAACGGACCAGGCACACGCGCGCACACACACGCGCGCGCGCGCGCGCACACACACACACACACACAUGCACACACAUUGCGAAAGCAAUAAUAGACAUAGCAACUUGUGCUGGGAUUACUAGUACACCAUUCAACAAGACCCACAUACACACAUGUGCUCAGAUGCACUCACGUGUGCACACACACACCACAUACACACACACACACACAAACUGUUACUGUUGCUAAAUUUCUGCCCCUGUGCAACAGAAAUACAUGGAUAACUGCUAUGUUACAGAUUUCACUAAAUUAAAUGUCACCAGAGCCUUCCAAUGACUGACACAUAAUUACAGUGAUAAUAUAAUAAUUAUUUCAAUCCAACGUUUUGCAAUGUUCAUUACUACUAAUUAUCGGAAGUAUACUGUUAUGCCUUGCGUUGGUAUGCUUCCAUAUUUCCAUUUCCUACUCCAAACUUCCUUGAUUCCUUGAUUAUGCCUUAUGGUUGACAGUA